UCCGAUAGGGAUUUCUUCCCCCCCCUUUUGCACGUGUCUUUUGCUCGCCCGGUGGACCGAAAAAAAACAUGAAACUCCUGACCCACAACAUGCUCACUUCGCACGUGCGGGGCGUGCGGCCCGGGGGAGGGUUCCCCCUUCUCAUAAAGGCUACGGAGGUGAAGGUGAACGAUAUCGAUUUCAACCCAGAGUUCACGGCACGGAUGGUGCCCAAAAUUGAAUGGGCAGCUCUGGUGGGCGCUGCCGAAAGUCUGGGUCACCGCUCCGACCUUCCUUCCGAGCUUAUCCCCGACUACGAGAAAAAUGAAGAUUUUCUUCGGAAAGUCCAUCAUGUCUUGAUGGAGGUGGAGGUGAUCGAAGGUAUUCUGAAAUGUCCAGAUACUGGACGGGAAUUUCCCAUUACUAAGGGCAUACCGAACAUGUUGCUGAGCGAAGACGAGACGUGAGCUUUUCUGCUAUCAAACAGGCACUAGAAGGGGUCUGGGGGGAUGGAGGAAAGAGAACUAUUAACUUCCUUGCAACAGUUUUUGCAUUAUUGUUUGAUUUGUGUUGUGUAAAUAAAUCUGAAUGCUUAAAUGCA